GUGAGAGAGAUCAAUCAGGCGCUCCUCCAGUGGUCUGUCGCUGGACUCCAAUGCCCACAACUCUUCCCGUGAUGACGCCGCAGCGCACAACGCGUCUCACGCAACGCUCUGUGUUUUGGAGAACAACGGAAGAUGGCGAGCUCAAGCAAUCCGCGAAAAUUCAGCGAGAAAAUCGCCCUGCACAACCAGAAGCAGGCGGAGGAGACCGCGGCGUUUGAGGAGGUCAUGAAAGACCUGAGCAUCACGCGAGCUGCACGGUUGCAGUUACAGAAGACCCAAUAUUUGCAACUAGGCCAGAAUCGAACUCAGUGCUAUGGAGGGUCACUGCCCAAUGUCAAUCAUAUUGGAAAUAGCAACACUGACCUCCCUUUUCAGACAACUGUUUUAGACACCAGUCGGACGUCCCGACAUCAUGGCCUAGUGGACCGCGUGUAUCGUGACAGGAAUCGCAACGCUUCUCCGCAUCGUAGACCUCUCUCUGUUGACAAGCAUGGACGUCAGAUUGACAGCUGUCCCUACAGCUCUGUAUAUCUGUCACCACCACCUGACACAAGUUGGAGGAGAACCAACUCUGACUCAGCUCUACACCAGAGCGCUGUGAAUCCAGCUCCACAGGAAACUUUUGUUGGAGGAUCUCAGGAACUGCAGUCAAAAGGAGUAAAAACAUUGCUGUUGCUCACCCCUCCAGAUACAGAGGACACUGAAUCAGAGAUGGAGAAAGACGAGCCCAAAGCAUCUCUGCAUACAGAGUUAUGUGACGUUCCUGGGAUUAACAUAUUUCCAUCUCCUGAUCAAGAAAUUAAUAGCUCUUUGAUGCCAGCUGCUCACAGCACCGGGGGCUCCUUACCUGAUCUGACAAACAUCCAGUUCCCUCCUCCUCUCCCCACCCCACUGGAUCCAGAUGACCCCAUUACCUUCCCUACAUCCAGCUCCAGCAGUACCAGCAACCUGACCACCAACCUGACACACUUGGGCAUCAGUGCUGCCAGUCAUGUCCCUCCCUCCCCUCCUGCCCAGCACACUGGCCCUGCCCCCUCACCCAAUAUCAGCCCACAGCCGCCUGCCCCCACGCUACCACCUGCCAUCUCACCCCAGAUACCCAUCACACAGCCAAUCACAAUGGACAGCCUGUCACUGGAGCAGCAGUUGUCUCAGUACUCACUGCUGAAUUUACUGAACGACCUGCAGAAACAGCCGCACACCUUCCCUCAGAACAUUCGUCUCAUACGCCUCCCGCCUCUCACUGUAAGCUCCACCCCCAACACCACCCAGCCCUCUCUUGCCAGCCAAUCACAGACAGCCACAAGCGGAACUGCCAACUCCUACCGCAGUCAGACAGGCUCUUCAGCCAAUCAGUCACCAACAUCUCCAGUGUCCAAUCAGGGCUUCUCACCUGGCGGUUCACCACAACAUAUUCAGGUGGUUGGAAGCAUCUUUGGGGAUUCAUUCUAUGAUCAGCAACUUCCAUCCAGACAGACCAAUGCCCUAUCCAACCAGCUGGAGCAGUUCAACAUGAAUAUGAUGGAGAAUCCAGGCGGCUCUAGUCACUGUUCAACGCUGAACUACACACAGGCAGCCAUGAUGGGUUUAACCGGGAGCCACAGCAGUCAGCAGGACACGCAGCAGCUCGGUUACAGUAGCCAUGGCAACAUCCCCAACAUCAUUCUCACAGUGACGGGGGAAUCUCCGCCCCAUCUCUCUAAAGACCUCACCAGCUCGUUGGCCAGCGUUGGUGACGUCAGCUUUGAUGCAGACUCUCAGUUCCCAUUGGACGAGCUGAAGAUCGACCCCUUGACACUGGACGGACUGCACAUGCUCAAUGACCCGGACAUGGUUCUCGCCGACCCGGCCACUGAGGACACGUUCCGCAUUGAUCGACUAUGAGCCUGUGAAUGCAAUUCGAAGCGAGACAUUCCGCUGCAUGACCUCUUUAUUCACCAUCUGGUCAGUGGCGUCCACGUCCCCCCAACCACCCACGUCACAACAAGCUGCCAAACCACUCAUGACCAGGGGCUGGUGGAGGUGGAAGUGCUGUAUCCACACUGGAUAUGCGCAAUACCAUCCACAAUCCACUCUCUUCAUGUAUUCAUGUUUUGUUGUCAUUUCAAGUUUUAUCUAUUUUUUUAAAUGUUUACAUAAUUAUGCCAUAUGUCUUUGAAGAAAUAUCCAUUUGUGUAAUUAU